AGUUCCAGGUCUGAGCAGAUGACUGUAAGAUCCUGAAAUCAGGAAUCCGACUGAGGGGGAUUUACUGUCCCGGAGUGCGUUAACAGAGCGGAGCCAGGAGCCGAGUGACCACAUCAUGAAAACCGCCCGGACUAAAACUCCAAGGAGACCGCCUCACAAAAAACCAUCUAACUCGGACCAGAAAGAUCCAGUGGGGGUUUAUUGUAGAGUGCGACCUCUCUUCCCACCUGAUCAAGAAUGCUGUAUUGAAGUUAUUAAUGAAACCACAUUGCGGCUGCAUCCUCCAGAUGGCUUUAAGGCUAACCGUAAUGGGGAAUAUAAAGAGACACAAUAUUCCUUUAAACAAGUAUUUGGAAUUCAGGUGACUCAAAAGGACCUUUUUGAUGUUGUCUCAAAACCUCUGGUGGAAGAUAUAAUUCAUGGCAAAAAUGGGCUACUUUUCACAUAUGGGGUGACAGGAAGUGGCAAGACUCACACAAUGACUGGGUCUCCUGGGGAUGGAGGACUCCUGCCACGAUGUCUGGAUAUGAUCUUUAACAGUAUUAGUAACUUCCAAGCAAAGCGAUAUGUUUUUAAGACAGAUGAUAGAAAUGGCAUGGAUAUACAGAGUAAUGUGGAUGCUUUGUUGGAAAGACAAAAACGUGAUGCACCAACACAGAUCAGUAGAACGCCUCUAAACCGGCAGAGGAUCGAACCUGAAUUUGCUGACAUGAUAAACAUUCAGGAUCAUUGCAAAGUUGAAGAGGUGGAUGAAGACAGUGUAUACAGUGUUUUUGUAUCCUACAUUGAGAUCUACAACAAUUACAUCUAUGACCUCCUGGAAGAGACUCCUAUAGACCCAAUCAAGCCAAAGUGGAACACCCCCGGGAAGAACGCAGAGUUUAUACCACCACAAUCUAAGAAUCUACGUGAAGACCAGAAUCACAACAUGUAUAUAGCUGGGUGCACAGAGGUGGAGGUGAAGUCUACAGAAGAGGCAUUUGAUGUCUUCUGGAAAGGUCAGAAAAAGAGAAGAAUAGCAAACACACAGUUAAACCGCGAGUCCAGUCGCUCACACAGUGUCUUCAUGAUUAAACUGGCACAGGCCCCACUUGAUGCAGAUGGAGACAAUGUACUUCAGGAAAAGGAACAGAUUACUGUAAGUCAGCUAUCACUUGUGGACUUGGCUGGAAGUGAAAGAACAAAUCGCACCAAGGCUGAGGGUAACAGACUGCGAGAAGCAGGUAACAUCAAUCAGUCACUGAUGACAUUAAGGACAUGUAUAGAAAUUCUUCGAGAGAACCAAAUUUAUGGAACAAACAAGAUGGUUCCCUACAGAGAUUCCAAGUUGACUCAUCUUUUCAAGAACUACUUUGAUGGAGAAGGCAAAGUUCGCAUGAUAGUGUGUGUCAAUCCAAAGGCUGAUGAUCAUGAGGAGAGUUUGCAAGUGAUGCGGUUUGCCGAGAUGACACAGGAGGUUGAAGUUGCCAGACCUGUCGAUAAACCAAUCUGUGGUUUGACUCCAGGGCGGCGUUAUAGAAACCAGGCAUUUAAGGAGGAGCUUUCUCGCAGACUGGAGGAGCGUGGUGGGCCAGUAGUUGGGGAGCCUGAGGAACAGUCUGUGAUGGAUGUGCUCAUUCAAAGCUUUCCUCCAAUCCCAUCAUGUGAGUUACUGGAUUUGAAUGAUGAGCAUACACUUCCACACCUUAUUGAGGUCCUGGAGAAACGACGGAGGAUCCGGCAGAUGAUGGCUGAGGAGUUCAAUAAAAAUGUAUCUUCAUUCAGAGCAAUUCUACAAGAUGCUAAUGGGGCAGUUUCUGCAAAGGAAAACUUUGUUCAAGGCAAAAUGACCGAGAAGGAUAGGCUUAUAACAUCCCAGAAAUCUGAGCUUGAGCGAUUGGAGAAAAAAAUCAAAACCCUUGAAUACAAGAUAGAUAUUCUGGAGAAGACUACCACCAUUUAUGAAGAUGAAAAACGUGCAUUGCAGAAUGACCUGGAGAAUCAAAGCCAGAAGCUGCAACGUCAGCUUUCAGACAAAAGAAGAAUGGAGGUCCGACUGCAGGGGAUGGCAUCCGAGAAUGCUUUGAAAUGGGAGAAGGAGUGUGAACGACGUGUGGCAGCCAAGCAGCUGGAGAUGCAAAAUAAGCUGUGGGUGAAAGAUGAAAAACUGAAGCAACUCAAAGCAAUUGUAACAGAAACAAAAGGAGAGAAGCCCCAACGGCCAUCCCGAGAGAGAGACCGAGAGCCAAAGGUUCCAAUAAGAUCCAUUUCUCCAUCCCCUGUAACUUCACUCUACAGUCAGCCUUCCCCUGCAGAGCUGCAGCUGCACAGGCGCUCAAACUCUUGUGAAAGUUUAUCCGUGGCUUCCUGCAUCUCACAGUGGGAAAAGAAAACUCCGCAGCACGAUCCCAUGAGAAACGUGUGCUCCAGCCGCAAGAGGCGGGAGCCAGAUACAGCUAGAAAGUUGAAUUCAGCAGAGAACAUUCCACCAUAUGCUAUGUCCAGCCAGCAGGCAGAGAUAGAAGAGGAGCAAUGUUGCAGGAAUGUUCCUCCGGUGCAUGCCAGGCACCGUCGUUCUCGUUCGGCCGGGGCGGAGAGAUGGGUAGACCAUAAACCGCCCACUAACGUGGAGACUGAGACAGUCAUGCAGCCCCAUGUCCCCAACUCCAUCAAAGUUGCCGUUGCCAGUGAAAAAGCGCUGGCAAAGUGUGACAAGUAUAUGCUGACACACCAGCAACUGGCUUCGGAUGGGGAGAUUGAGACUAAACUCAUUAAGGGUGAUGUCUUCCGAACUCGUGGUGGUGGUCAAUCAGUCCAGUUCACAGAUGUUGAAACACUACGGCAAGAAUCUCCUCCAGGAAGCGGUCGCAAACGCAAAUCCUCCCCAACUAGACACCCUCAACAGGAAGAAACAGAAUCAGAAUGGACAGACGUGGAAACCAGAUGUUCUGUUGCUGUGGAGAUGAGGGCUGGAUCGAAUUUGGGUGCUGGAUACCAGCACCAUGCAAUACCCAAACGCCGUAAACCUUGAAGAUCUCCAUAUUGUGAACUCUUCCCUUCCCCGUACCAUCUGAAGCCUCUGCGGAGCCAAUUUGUAUAUAGUGUGAGGAGACUCACUGUGUAAAUUGCACAGCUGGCCUGCGUGACGAACGUUCUACUGUAUCUGCUCACACUUUCAUGUUUUUAAUGCUAGACAGUCUGAACUGUUAUGCUGCUGACAAUUAUACUCCUAUUUUAUGAAGUCAUCAGUAUCUAUGGACAGUGGGAUAUUGAACUGUACUUUAAUAUGCUUUUUUUUUCUACAUUAAACAUGAACAUUUUUUAGUAUCUUAAAUAUAUAUAUUUCUGGUCAUACUGUUAUUUAGAAAACUGCUGCUAGUCUGUUAGUAGCAACAAUGCACUUUACCAAAGCUUUUCAUUUGUGUACACACCAAGUAUAUUUAACACGGAGCCCUGUCUAUUGCAACUGAAUACCAUACUAACUAACCUGCUGUGGAAUCUAGUAACUGGUUUGUUUUAUACAAGCUAGUUUUAGUAAAUUUGUGAAUAAACUUUAAAAGUCUUUCAUGA